AUGGCCUCGACUUCCCUCUUCCGUCUUGCGACGCGCGCCGUCCGCCCCUCCAGCUUUGUCAGAGCUUCCCAAUUGCCCCGGUCUGCAUCCCGGGUGCAGACCCCCGUGGCUCUGGCUAUCAACCGCCCCGGCUUCAGCACCACCUCGAUUCGCCGCUCCGGUCAGCACGAUGACGAGACGUAUGAGGAGUUCUCUGCCAGAUUCGAGAAGGAAUUCGACGGUGUCCAGGAUGUUUUCGAGCUCCAGCGUAACCUCAACAACUGCUUCGCCUACGACCUUGUCCCCUCCGUUGAGGUCCUCACUGCUGCCCUGAAGGCUGCCCGCCGCGUCAACGACUUCCCCACCGCUGUUCGCAUCUUCGAGGGCGUCAAGGCCAAGGUCGAGAACCAGGAGCAGUACGAGCAAUACCUCAAGGCCCUCGACACGCUCCGCCAGGAGCUUGGCGUUGCUCUCCGGGAAGAGCUCUACCCCAGCGAGCAGUAA